AUGACCGCAUCGUUCCCAAGAAUGCGGCGUGACAAUGAUGAUGAUCCCCAAGCCGAGGUCAAUGAAGAAAAGGAGAGCUUGAUUGUCGACAAUGCCUCGAUUCAGAGAAUGAAGGCAUUGGAGCAAGAGAAAAAGGAGCUAGAGUUUGCGCAAAAUUUCUCAGAUCCGACAAGACGACGAAGACGGCGACCCCCACCGUUGACUUCCUCCUCCUCUUCUCUAUCAUCUGUCUCGUCAGUGGACUCCAGUUUGAGUGAAUCUACAUCGUCGAAUGAACCAAUCUCGCGACUUUGGCAAAUAUUAUGUUGUCUUUGUUGCGACAUUCCACUGACGACAACAUUGCCACUGUUGGUGUUCCUGGAUAUGCUAGCAGUCGCUCUGGUCGUGCCGUUGCUGUUUCGCUACUAUCAAUCUGCUGGUGUCACUAGUGCGGGUUUGCGAGAACUCUUGACGUCCGUGUUUUCGCUGGCGCAAAUUGUAGGAGGACUCGUCCUGGGGGCUCUGAUUGACGCCAAAUGGGUCAAACGAAAGACGGUCUUGUAUUUGAGUUUUGGAGGAUCUGCCGUCGCCUACGCAUUGAUUGCUCUGGGUGGAUUGUCCGCGCUGGUAUGGAGUCGCAUUCUCGUUGGACUGGUCAAACAGACCAUGACCAUUACCAAAACCAUGCUAACUAGAGCAACAACCGAAGAGUCCCGAGCACAACACUUGGGUCGGCUCAGUGCCAGUGCCACCUUGGCAUGGGUGCUGGGACCGUCAUUGGGAGCCAUCUUGUUCAAAUAUGUCGAUCCACGAGCACCUCCCAUGCUGGCUUCCGUCAUCUUUUUAUGCAAUCUGGCAUUGGCAGCCAUCUUGUUGCCCAUGGAUGACGAUGACGAAGGGGGCGACAAUAAUGGUAUGCUGGAACAUUUGGACGAACCAGAAAUCCACUCGACUGGAGACAACAACGCCAGCAACAACAUUGACCGGUCAUGUCCCAAAAAAUGCAAAACUGCAACCUACAAGGCGACCACCAAAUGCCAGACCUGCACGAUUUCCUUUGUGUCCAACUUGAAGACGUGCUUUAGUUCGGCUACUCUGGGAUCGGUUGUUUGCGCCAGUUUGGUUGUGACAUGGGUCACGCGUGCUACCAACUCCAACAACCUCUCCACAUUCUACGAAGACCUGUACGGCCUGGAACCGCAUCAACGAGGGUACAUUUCCAGCUACCAACAAGUCUUGGGCUUUUUCAUUGAAUCUUGCUUCAUCGCCCCAGUCCUACGAUUCAGUGGAGGGGAACGACGAGCUACCUGCUUUUACUCCUUUCUCUUGGCCAUCGCUAUUGCCCUACAAUCCUUUCAUCAAAACAGUCUGAUGCUGUUUCUGGGAAUCGUUUGUCCCGUCACGUCGCUGGCGUACUCCAUCAUGUUUACCUCCCUUCAAACUUUGGUCACAACAGUGGCGCCUGUGGAAUCCAUCUUUUCCAUCUUGGCUGCCAUGGAUGUCUUGCAAAAUGCCGUGUCGGUGACUGUGCCAUUCUAUCGAACCGUGUUGUUUGCCAAACUGACGACGACGACAACAGAAGCAGAAACACACCCAACAACCAUGAUACAAGGGGAUCCGGAUCCUGCCGCGUGGCUCUUGAGCUGCACGGUUCAUUGGUUUGUGGCAGCCGCAGCUUUGGCAAUGUUUCUCUUAGUCAAUGAGAGCCAAUGGCACAAAAAGGCUGAACCCAAAAAGACGACAUGA